AUGGGGGAGUGGGAAUUAGAGCUUGGGUUGACCAGCUGGCAAUUUGCCACCGAGAUAAAACCUAUGGUGAGACGGCACACAAUUUCAGUUUUUGUUGGUGAUGAAAGUGGAAUGAUAAAUCGAAUUGCAGUAGUCUUUGCAAGGAGGGGAUACAACAUUGAGUCCCUUGCGGUUGGUCUGAACAAAGACAAGGCUCUGUUUACUAUAGUUGUGUCUGGAACUGAAAGGGUGUUAGUACAAGUUAUGGAGCAGCUUCAAAAACUUUUGAAUGUGUUGAAGGUUGAAGAUAUCUCGAAGGAGCCACAGGUAGAACGUGAAUUGAUGCUAAUAAAAAUCAAUGCAGAUCCGAACUACCGUGCUGAGGUCAUGCGGCUGGUGGAUAUCUUUCGAGCAAGAAUCGUGGAUAUCUCAGAUCACUCAUUGACUAUAGAGGUAACUGGAGAUCCAGGGAAGAUGGUUGCUGUUCAAAGAAAUUUAAGGAAGUUUGGAAUAAGAGAAAUUGCAAGAACUGGAAAGAUUGCAUUGAGAAGGGAAAAGCUGGGUGAAUCUGCUCCUUUUUGGCGAUUUUCAGCAGCUUCAUAUCCGGAUCUUGAAGGAAUAAUGCCUGUAAAUACUGUUCUUCGGGCUACAAAGAGAACACAGAAUGGAGAAUCUGAUACAUCUGUCGGGGGAGAUGUUUAUCCAGUAGAGACAAUUGUUGACUUCUCAGUCAGUCAAGUUCUUGAUGCUCACUGGGGUGUCCUCAACGAUGAAGACACAAGUGGGCUGCGCUCACACACUUUAUCAAUGCUUGUUAAUGACUCUCCUGGAGUUCUCAAUAGAGUAACAGGGGUUUUCGCUCGAAGAGGAUAUAAUAUUCAAAGUUUGGCUGUUGGCCAUGCUGAAGUUGAGGGACUUUCUCGCAUUACAACAGUUGUACCUGGUACUGAUGAAUCCAUUAGCAAGUUGGUGCAGCAACUUUAUAAGUUAGUAGAUCUUCAUGAGGUCAGAGAUUUUACCCACUUGCCAUUUGCUGAGCGAGAAUUGAUGUUGAUUAAGAUUGCUGUGAAUGCUGCUGCCCGGCGCAAUGUUCUUGACAUUGCCAGCAUUUUCAGAGCCAAAGCUGUCGAUGUGUCUGACCAUACAAUAACCCUUGAGCUUACAGGGGAUUUGGACAAGAUGGUGGCUCUGCAGAGAUUGUUGGAGCCCUAUGGCAUUUGUGAGGUGGCACGAACAGGGCGUGUUGCUUUGGUACGUGAAUCAGGGGUUGAUUCCAGAUACCUUCGGGGAUAUUCUUAUCCGUUGUAG